GCUAUGAGUUGGGACCGGUGUUUUGUUCUGGCUCCUCAUAUGUAUGCCUUUGACUCAUAGGGCAUCCCCAACGGCGUAAGCCAGGAGCAUCACCCGCGGUACACCAGAAUUGAUGCGAGCUCAGUAUCCCAGCAGUGGUACAACUGGACAAUUUACUGCUGCAAAUAUUUGAUGUCCGAAGAUUUUCGGCAAGACUUUUGGCAAGGUUUUUGCAACAGGCGUAUAACCCCUGACCUACUUGACUGUAGACAUGUGUGCUUUCUUGUUACCCCAUGUCGUAUCUGAGAUUCGACCGAGGCUUAAAGCAAUACAUUCUUCUGUUAUGUAUCAUGCUUACCUACCACAUGCGGGCUGGAUGGAAAAGCAUUGGGUGUAUCCACAUGAGACUUCACACAUGACCGGGGCGAUACAACAGACAGUUCUUCCCCAAGACCUCAGAACGAUGGAUCUAGGGGCGAAAAUCCAUGUUGGCUAGGCCGCAGCUAUCUGACUCGCCGCCACCUCGACGACCUCACCCACCUCGGACUUUCCCCACCCUGACGAUAACCAAUCGGCGAAAAGAUCAUUUUCAAAAAUACUAUCGCUAUCUCUCCAAGUUUCCUUGCAUAUCUUCACGUCAUCUAUCCCAAUACAGUUGUCUUUGGUCCGUUUGUUCAACAGUACAAAAUGCCCUCGGCCCUCCCCUCCGACACCUCCACCACCAAUCCCAAGUCUCCCCCAGAAUCAGCUUCCGCAGUCGACAUCAUCAUCACGCUAGCCAUCAACCCCGAAAACAAAGAACAAGUGGAAGCCAACCUCCUCAAGGCGGGCGAGUGGAUUGAGAAGAAUGAACCGGGGUGUCUUCAGUGGGAGGUGUUUUAUCUGGAAGCAACCGGGGAGAUGGUCUUGGUUGAGAGGUUCAACGACCUCCCCACAGCCCGCAAAUACCACCCCGAAAACAGAAAGAAAGACGGCAUGAUUGACGGGGGACUGAAAUGGGCGAAUGAAAUUGUCGAAAAGGGCUGGCUAAGUCAGGAGCCCGACAUCAAGGUUUUGAGUCGGAGGGGCGGGUUUGGGUUGAGGAAGUGGCAAUGAUUGUCAUGAUGUUUUGUUGCAUGUUGUUUUAGUACACCUCCUCGAGUCUCGAUACAAUUUUCAGCAUGUUGCUUUCAAAGUCGAGCCCCAUCCCUACUGCCGUAAAGACUGACGCAAGCUCAACAUGCUCCACCGCACUGCAUUGCUCCAUUCUCUCAAUCCGCUCAGCCAACUCGACGAGUUCAGGAUAUCGUUCUUCUCCAUCGCGCCUGAUGCGCUCAGUGAUGAUUCUCAGUGCGGCUUCUUGGCUGAAGAGCUGGGCGUCGCACCUGGGACAGGCGUCUAGUCUUUUGAGUUUCUCCUUGAAAUGCACGAUGAUACAGCAUGAUAUUAGGACUACUAUAGGGACAACCAGGAGGCCGAAAAUGAGACCGAU